GCUCGACUAUUGCUUAUCCGCUUUUGAUAGCAUUAUGUGGCAUUUAUUUCCGCUAUUUCCGUUGCUGCUGCUACUUCCGGUUGUCUGCAACGGAGAGCUGUUUACAGUCCCGUUGCAUCGUUUUCCUUCCGCUCGUCAUCGCUUUGAGAAGCUGGGCAUCCGGAUGGAUAGGCUGCGUCUGAAAUACACCGAGGACCGGUACAAUAAUUGGGAGUUAGUGCGGGAGGAGCCUAAGAGUGUGCCGCUAAGCAAUUACCUGGACGCCCAGUACUUUGGACCCAUCACCGUUGGAAUUCCGCCGCAGAGUUUCAACGUGAUCUUCGACACUGGUUCCUCGAAUCUGUGGGUGCCCUCCGGUCGCUGUGCCUACUCAAUGGUGGCCUGUCGUGUCCACAAUAGGUACUACGCCAAAAAGUCAUCCUCCUAUAGGGCUCAGGGGAACCCAUUUGCUAUCCAUUACGGAAGUGGAAGUCUCUCGGGGUUCCUCUCAAGGGAUACUAUCGGAAUAGCUGGUCUGCAGAUCGAGAAUCAAAUAUUUGCCGAGGCCACUGAUAUGCCUGGACCAAUCUUCUUGGCCGCCAAAUUCGAUGGAAUUUUUGGUCUGGGCUACAGGAGCAUUUCCAUGAUGCGGGUGAAGCCUCCAUUUUAUGCGAUGAUGGAACAAGGACUGCUUUCAGAGCCCGUCUUUAGUGUCUAUCUGAACAGGAAGGGUAAAUCGGAGGGCGGCUUCAUCUUCUUUGGCGGCUCCAAUCCAGACUUUUACACCGGCAACUUCACCUACGUCCCGGUGAGCUAUCGAGCCUAUUGGCAGGUGAAAAUGAAUUCGGCCAUCAUCAAGGGUAUGGAACUGUGCCAUGAUGGCUGCGAAGUGAUUGUAGAUACGGGCACCUCCUUCCUGGCCUUGCCCUACGACCAGGCCAUACUUAUCAACGAAUCCAUUGGCGGAAGGCCAUCACCUUAUGGCCAGUUCUUUGUAAAUUGUAAUACGGUUUCGAAGCUGCCCACGAUCACCUUCACUCUGGGAGAUAGACAAUUUUUCCUGGACGGUCACGAGUAUGUCUUUCGGGAUCGAAAGACCUGCUUUUCCGCCUUCAUCGCCGUGGAUUUGCCAUCGCCUCGCGGACCCCUGUGGAUACUGGGGGAUGUCUUUUUGGGAAAAUACUAUACGGAAUUCGACAUGGGAAGGCAUCGCAUUGGCUUCGCCGACGCCAGGAGCUGAGGCCAUGUCUGCUGUUUGAUGGGCUCCUUGUUAUUUCGACGACUGGUUGCCAUAACACGUGAAAAAUUCAGCAAACAAAGAGGAAAAACAAGGUGUACACAUAUCCUAUGUGGGCUUGGGAGAUACU